GCGAGAACAAAAUGUUGCACAGCCUUUGUUUCCGCCCGGCUCAUUUUACAGAGGGACGUACCGGAAGUCGUCGUCCAUUGCUUUACGACGCGGCACAAACAGCGCUGGACAGUAUUUACGUCGCUCCUGAGCUUGCUUUGCUGUGAAAUCUUUUACCAAAGCCUCCGUGACUUUAUUCUGAGCGAUCAUGACGGACAGAUACAACAUCCACAGUCAACUGGAGCAUCUCCAGUCGAAGUACAUCGGCACGGGACACGCCGACACCAGCAAGUGGGAAUGGCUGGUGAACCAGCACAGAGACUCUUACUGCUCCUACAUGGGACAUUUUGACCUGCUCAACUACUUCUCCGUGGCUGAGAACGAGAGCAAAGCGCGCGUCCGCUUCAACCUGAUGGAGAAGAUGCUUCAGCCAUGUGGACCGCCUGCAGACAAACCCGAUGAUGCCUAAACCGCACUGGAGUGAGCCGUGGAUUUUGUUUUUCCAGGAUGUUUUUGUAGAAUUUUUAUGUCGGGACAUUCAACUUGAUUUCCACCAAACGUGUAACUACAAAUUGUACCAUAACAUUAAAACUAAGCAGCAGCUUCCUAUGACCCAGUCAACACUGAAAGGACUGUACAAUCAGACAACAUAAGACUCUCACCUGUGUCAGAUCUUUACAUAAAACAUGGUUUCUUGUUCUGUACAGCUCUGCAGCUGUCAGGGAAAUUAGUCGAGAGCAGAACUGGAAAAGAGAACAGUGAACAUGUACAAGCGUCCCGUCAUCUGUCAAGUAUUUGUAUUAACCGAUGGAGCUGUUUUCUGGAUUGAAGUUUGUUUUGAUAUGAUUAAAAAAAAGAUUGUCUUUCUCCAUGUUCAUAUCUAGACUUUUAUGGUGGUUGAUGGUUCAUGGGGGAGAUUAGUCAGCUUGCACUUG